UGAAAUAAAUCCCCCGCUGCCAUCACUAGCAGAGUAAAACUUAUUAUAUGGAAUUCUUUUAAACGAAAAUUUACAGAACUUGAAAAGCUAAUCUAUUUUGCUAUGCAGCGUAUACGAUGAUUGCAUUUAAAAUGCAGUUCACAAAAACACCAACCAAAACUUUGACUACACCAUUUUUUUUAAAUUGUUCAGUGUUUGGCAAAAAUCAUCUUUUCAAUUAUCGAACAUAAAAACGUAUUUUCAUUAAGAAACUAGAAGUUAAGGUAGGAAAAGAUGAAAAGAGAAAACUGCUGGUAGACUGUUCGCCUUACUGAAUUUCAAAUAGCAAUAAUGUUCGUUAUCAAAAAUCAAAUCAUAAAAGGAAACAAAACUAUUUUGACAUGCAAUCAUAAAUUUGACUUGUUUUUGCCAUUUUAUAAAAGAAAUAAAACACUACUAGAUUUUAUCGUGUCGAUAUUACUAUUUAUAUAAGGGUUGCGUCGAAUAUCUUUUAUCAUUAUUUAAACAUUUAGAUAUUUUGAUGCAUAUACCCGGCCAUAUAAUCAUAAAAUAGAAUAAUAAUAUUAAUAAUAUUUGAUCUAAGACUGUAUAAUUAAAUUGUGCUAUUAUUUUGGCUAAAUGGAACUGAUGCAUAACGUUAAUUUUUUACAACAUUACCUGAAUGACUGCACAUAUUAUAUGAGUUAAAAUUAUACCUGCCAAGGAGCACGAAAUAUUUGGAAAAUCUAUCCUCUCUAAUACAUUGGAAUAUAAGCAUUGCAUUGUAAUAUUUGCGACAAACCACGUAGACAUUCCAGAACAACUCUCAGAAUAAGAACUGAUUUCCGUGACACUAUAUGAAGAACAACAAAAUGAUCGUUCUGUUUUUGUUAACGUUAACAUCUGUUUCUGCAUUUGAACAUUACGUAAGUCUUCGGGACAUGACACCGGAACCUGGACUGCCUGAACAUAUCUUGAUGGAUGUUAUUGGAAGAGAAGAUAACAUUACUAGGCUUCAUCUGAAAGAAAAUAAACGUCUGAAUGUAAACGCUGAUAUCUAUGAACAAGAUAUUGACCAGGCUACAUUGAGACGCUUAGAGACAAACAAUAAACAAGUGGAGGAUAUUAAGUACUAUCAUGACGUGCAAAAUGGGGCGGCUAUUAGUGUCACCUGUGUAAAAACAACCGAUGAUUCAUGUAAACGAACUCUGGAAGGAUUUUUGACCGUUGGCAAAGAAACGUAUGAAAUACGUCCAGCAAGUAACCCCAUGGUCUCCAGAAUGCUUCGAGCACUUAAUCUAAACGUUCACAUUGUUAACAGAGUUGUAUUGCAUAAAAAGAACUUUGCUAAAAUGAACCCAGUCAAAAAACGCAUUGGACUGAAAGACUACAUAGGAGCAAAGAAACCUAUAAAUAUUAAACAGAGAGCAAAUACGUUUGAACGUCAACAGCAGACGGAGUAUGCUGUGGAAUGUAUUGUUGUAAUUGAUCCUUACCUUUGGAAAAAAUUUUAUGAGCGCACAAAAGAUUCUAAAGACAAGAGGGAAACAACUAGAUAUAGGUUAAGACGACAUCUCACGCAUGUUAUAAAUGGCGUCAGUCUUAUGUACGAAAGUAUUGAAGAUCCUGAACUCAACAUUUACGUGACGAUAUCAGGUUUUAUUUACUAUGAGAAAGACGAUGAGACUAGCCCGGUUCCAAAGGGAAAGGAUGCGCCUAUAUUUAAUAACGACAAGCCUUUAGUUGAUGGAGAAAAAUAUCUAUAUUACUCGCUACACUGGCUUAAGAAACAAAGUCCUAUGAAAAAUGACGAUCAUGUCAUGAUAUUCACCGGUUGCGAACUAUUUGACGAAGAUAUUGCAAACACAGGUAUGGUUGGGAUUGCGUUUAUUGGUGGUGCUUGUAGUGAAUAUAAACUCUCUCUUCAACAGGAUGCAGGCUACUAUGAUCUCUCUACUACUGCGGCCCAUGAACUUGGACACAAAGAAUACGCCUCAUGUAUGAGAGACCACGGAGAUUAUUUUGAUAAAACAGAGUGGGACAAACAUAACAAGAUAUUACCUGGAGAGCUUCAUACUCUUGAUCAACAAUGUAAAUUGCACAUGGGAGAUUAUUCUGGCGUAUGCCCUGCAAAACUUGGUGGAUUACCGGAAACAGAUGAGAGAAUUUGCCAGGAAUUAUUAUGUUCUAGAAGAUAUGGUUGCACUUCUUACACACCUGCUCGAGGAUCUCCUUGUGGUAACCCUGAUGCAAAUAAGUGGUGUAUUAAUGGUAAAUGUGUUCCGAGAAAAGUGAAGGUGAUCGAAACUCGACGCAAGGAAUGCUUUGAAACAACAGCCAUCAAGUAUAACGGACAUGUCAGUGUCACAAAAUCUGGUAAGGAGUGCCUGUUUUGGUCUGAGGUAACAGACUCCAAUUAUUACGAUUACUAUGUCCCAAACUUUCCGGAAAUACCAGUGGAAGGUGCCUCAAAUUACUGUCGGGCUCCUGGUGGUGGACUGCGUCCUUGGUGCUACAUAUUGAACGGAUUUGAACUUGAUUGGGAAUUUUGUGACAUUGACAAAUGCUAAGUUAGUGUGGUUGUACCAAAACUUGUUUUCAUUUAGUACUAAUUAGUUUUAUUAAGUAAUCAAUUACUUUGAUCAAUGUACUUGCAUUUCCAAACAAUAUUAUACAGUGUUAAUUUUCAUAUUCAAUGGUAAAUGUUUUAGAUGACAUAACACUUUUCGUUUGGUAUUGUGUAUAUGUUUUAGUCUUUUGUAUGUUAGACACAUAUUUUAUCCUAUAUAUGUGAUAAGAUCAAUCAUCGAGCUUGACAAUUAUCAACAAAGUUGUAGUUGAUCAUUAAAUAUAUUGCUAUUUAUUGUUUCCCUCACAUUACAUUUUUUUGUCAAAUAUUGGAUCUUUUAAUACAUGUAUUUAUACCCUUCCUACUUUUUACGCUUUUAUGCAAAUUAAGAUUGUCCCAUGUCUAAUAUUGGAUCUUUUAUCUUUCCUAUUUUGUACGCUUUUUUGCAAUUAAAGUUGUUUUUUUUUAAAAUUAAUCUUCUAUCUGCUUUUUGCCAGUAGAAAUCUGUAUAAUACUAUUAAAAAAAUAAAAAUAUAAAACUA